UUUUAGGCGAAAAACAAAUAUGGAUAUGUUGAAACUAGUGCACAUUUAGAUAUUUUGCUGAAGCCAGAAAUCGAAGGAUUCAAAGAUCAAAUUUCUGUACCAUUCAAAACUGUUACGUUUGAAGUAAAUAUUCAUGCAAAUCCCAAACCAAAAGUCAUCUGGACCAAAGGCAAUGUUAACUGCUGCAAUAUUGAUAAUUGUAACGUUAUUGCCGAUGUUGAAAAAGAGGUUUACACACUCGUGGUGGAAAAUAUUGGAGUCGAGGAUGAUGGUGUUUAUACAAUAAAGGCUUCAAACAGCGUCGGUGAUUCUAUUGCCACGGCAAAACUAGUUUGUCAUACCGAAAAACCACACUUUAUCAAAAUGCCUCAAGAUACGACGAUUCAUGAUUAUGCUGAUUUUGAAACAAAAGUCCGUGCCGAGGGUAUACCCAAACCAACACUACACUGGCUCAAAGAUGGUAAGCAGAUUAAGCUGGAUGAUGCCAACCUCGCUAUUGAAUUUGGAAGUGCUUCCGAUUUACAAGUCACAUCUGAUUUCGAGAUUGCACACUUCAGCAAAGCAUACGAGGGAAAUUAUGCCAUUGUUGCCACAAAUAUUGCUGGCGAAACAACAGCCAAAUUUCAAUUAUCCAUGUUACAAAAGGCACCAAACUUUGUACGCAAAUUAGAUAGAGCAGCUGAAGUUGACCAAGGCGAACCGUUAGAAUUGAAAUGCAUAGUAGAGGGUAGUCCAUUACCGGUGGCAACUUGGUUUAAAGAUGGUCAAGAAAUUGAGCCAAAUGAUCGAAUCAAGUUGACAAAUACACCAGAUGGAGUGGUCAAACUUGAAAUUGCUCAAGCCAAACCAUCCGAUUGCGGAGCCUACAAAUUGGUAAUUUCAAAUCCAAAUGGAGAAAAUUCUGCACUUUGCGCUGUAGCUGUUAAACCCGAACCAAUGGCGCCAGUCUUUAUAAAACCACUAAAAGAUUUGAAAGUAGUAAUUGGACAACCAAUAUUGGUGGAGGCACAAGUCUCCGCUUUUCCUUCACCAGAAGUAAAAUGGUUUAAGGAUGGUACACAAUUAAGACCAUCACAAGCGUUUAAUUUUGUUAAUCAGCCGAACGGUGUUAUUGGAUUGAAUAUUGAUUCAGCACGUCCAGAAGAUGCUGGUGUGUAUUCAGUUGAAGUGAGCAAUAAAUUAGGGGAGGCGAAAGGAGCGGCAAAGGUAGAAGUUGAACCAAAAGAAAAGAAACCAGUGUUCAUUUCUGACUUACACGAUACUGAGGUCGUUGAAAGUUUCCCAGUUAAAUUUGGAGUAAAGAUUAUUGGUCAUCCCCAACCAAAGCUCAAAUUUCUUCAUAACGGAGAAGAAAUAAGACCAGAUGGUGAUCGAGUGAAGAUAAUUCAGAAUCCCGAUGGAACAGCUGCAUUGAUUAUUGAUAGAGCCACUGCAGAAGAUUCUGGUCAAUAUCAAGCGAUUGCAACAAAUGAAGUGGGUGCAUGCUCAUCUCAAGCUAAGCUUACUGUGCAUAGCAAAACAGAUGAUCGUUAUGCGGAAGAAGCUCCCCGUUUUGUUAGUGGCUUACGAGAUGCAAAUACAGAUGAGGGUCAAGCAUUAGAAUUGUCAGCACCAUUCAUUGCAAAUCCAGUUCCGGAUAUCAUUUGGAGCAAAGAUGGUAAACCGCUUAUUCCAAAUGAUCGCAUUAUGAUGACUUGUGAUGGUAAACGCGUUGGAUUGAUUAUCAAUCCCGCUAACGUUAAUGAUUCUGGUGUAUACACACUUUUGUUGGCCAACCCAAUCGGCGAAGAUAUGUCAAAAUGCAAUGCAAGCGUUCGUAAAAUAUACAAGAAACCAUACUUCUCAUUACGCCUAUUUGAUCAACCAUCCGUCCUAAAUCUUGAUGCUAAGCUUCCGGUUCGUGUACAUGGUGUACCAUACCCCGAACUCACAUGGACGUUUAACAAUAAGCCCAUCAAAAAUAGCAGCAAAUACACAAUCAAACAUGAUGGUGACAAUAGCAUUUUGCAUAUUAGAAGUUGUACACUAGAAGAUAUUGGUACUUAUAGAUGUCAGGUAUGUUUGUUUUUCUUUUGUUUUUGUUUUUAUAUAGGCGUAUUCUUAAUUUUAUAA